UUAAAAGACUAUAUAUUGCGGAUUGAAAUUGAAAUGGAAAAUUUUUUAGAAACUGAAAACAUUGGAACAUCCAAGGUUGUCUGCUGGAUGAAAAAUGAAAAUGAAAUAUGCUUUCAGAAAAGCCAUAGUUAAAUUUAAAUGCAUUAUCAUUUAGAAAUUAACUUAAUCAAUGGCAGAUUUAUGAAUAAAUUAAAGUUAGUUAGAUUUAUCAGCUGAUGAAAUUGCAAUCUAAAAAAUAAAACAUCAUCCUCUCUUUUAUCAUUUUAUUUUCAUCUCUUUUAAAAAUUAAUAAUUAAUUUAGCAAUCAACUUGCUUUAAUAAAAAAUACCCUAGUCUUGUGUUUUUGUAAUUUUCAGUAUUCUAUUUUACUUAAUUGACCAGUUUGGUUAUGGAAUAAAUAAAGUUAACUUUCAAUUGUGGCUGGCUAUUCAUCUCUAGAGUUAUAAUAUAAUUUGUUUUUUAAAAUUGUUUUAACAAAAAAUAAAAAAAAAUGAGUGAUACCAACUUGACAAAUGGCAAUGGAAAAUUGGAGACAAGUGACGAUCAGAAUGGAGUCAUACAACCUCUACUCUCUGAUUACUACCAGAUCACGAUGGCCUAUGCUUAUUGGAAGAGCAGGAAGCAUGCAGAGAGGGCAGUCUUUGACCUUUACUUCAGGAAGAAUCCAUUCCAAGGGGAGUUCACCAUCUUCGCUGGCCUCGAGGAAUGUCUCAAGUUCAUUCACAAUUUCAGUUAUUCUGAAAAAGACGUUGAAUACCUAAGAAAGCUGCUGCCAGUCCAUACAGAGUCUGAAUUCUUUAACUACCUAUCACACUUAAAUACCAACGAAGUAGAGGUGUAUGCCAUCGAUGAGGGCAUGGUGGUGUUCCCCAAAGUACCCCUCUUGAGGUUGGAGGGCCCUCUGGCCGUGGUUCAGUUACUGGAGACCACUUUGUUAACUCUUGUUAAUUAUGCAAGUUUGGUAGCGACAAAUGCGGCCAGAUUCCGAUUGGCGGUAGGUCCAAAGAAGGGGUUGUUGGAGUUUGGCCUAAGGAGGGCUCAGGGACCUGAUGGGGGCCUCAGUGCUUCAAGAUAUUGCUAUAUGGGGGGUUUCGACGCGACGAGCAAUUUACUGGCUGGCAAAUUGUUUGGCAUACCAGUUAAGGGAACACACGCUCAUGCCUACGUCAGUUCAUUCAAUGGCCUUGAAGAUGUCAGAGAUAAGGUCUGCUUUGAUUGGCUGGCUGAUUUGUUGAGUGGGCUAGUUGAUUGGCUGGUUGCUGGAUUGGUUGAGUUAGCUGAUUGUGAGACGAGCAAGGUAGAGUUGGCAGCCUUCAUAUCGUACGGACUGGCCUUCCCAGAUGAUUUCCUCUGUCUCAUUGAUACAUACAGCGUCAUCAAAAGCGGUCUACCGAAUUUUUGCGCUGUUUCUUUGGCGCUGAUAGAAGCAGGGUACGUACCACUUGGUGUCAGACUGGAUAGCGGUGACCUCGCCUACCUGUCUGUCAUCGUCAGGCAGUCCUUUAUGAAAAUUGCCGACGAAUAUAAUCGCCCUGCUUUUGAGAAGUUGACGAUCGUUGCUAGCAAUGAUAUUAAUGAAGAGACAGUUCAUUCGCUCAAUCAUCAAGGCCAUUGUAUAGAUAGCUUUGGUAUCGGCACUCAUCUGGUCACCUGCCAGAAACAACCUGCUCUUGGCUGCGUUUAUAAAUUAGCGGAAGUCAAUGGCAAACCUCGGAUCAAACUAAGUGAAGAUGUGGAGAAAGUGACGAUGCCAGGAAAAAAGUUGGCCUACAGAUUGUACGGGGUGGACGGGCACGCCCUGGUCGACCUUAUGGCCCAACCAAAUGAGGAACCCAUCUUAGAGGGGGGUAAAAUUCUUUGCAGACAUCCUUUCCAAGAAUCGAAGAGGGCCCACGUAACCCCGAAACGGGUCGAGCCCCUGUACAAGUGCUACUAUAAGGACGGGAAAAUAAAUCAAAGACUGCCGACUCUAAAUGAGAUAAGGCAAAGAGCCCAGGAAUCUCUCUCGCAUAUUAGAAUGGACCAUAAACGAGCUCUCAACCCAACACCCUACAAGGUUUCAGUAUCUGGACCCCUCUACAACUUCAUGCAUGAUCUUUGGCUGGAGAACGCACCAAUUGGACAGCUAUAUUAAAAAUUCGCUCACCCAUUCGUUACUUUUCUGUCAUUCAUUCAUUCAUUCAUUCAUUCAUUCAUUCAUUCAUUCAUUCAUUCAUUCAUUCAUUCAUCCUCAUGAUUUUAUCUUUGUUUGUAUUAAAAUAUAUUUAUAGGUUGAUUAUAACAUUGGUGUAUUAUAUAUAUGUAUAUAUAUAUAAUAUAACCAUAUAUAAAAAAAAUAUAUAUAUUUAUGGUUAUCUUGAACAAUAGCAUUGUUUGUAUAUUAUACUGCUUAUAUUAUUUCUGUGGUGUUAGUUGCUGUUGUUUGGCGAAUGUACAUUAGGAGUUAAAUUUUAAUAAAUAAAUAAAUAAAAAUAUAAAUUAAUAGUGGUUGUAGUAGUAGUAGUUGUAGUAAAUCUUAACUAGUGUUAAACAUUCUUUUGCUGUGUUUUAUAGCCGUAUUUUGUAUAUCUUUUAUUAAAAAGGGCAUUGAUGUUGUGUUUAAUGUGAUGGUCUAACUAUUCCGUUAUUGUACUCAUUAAAUGUAAUAAUGAAUGUUAUUAUUAUUAAAUUUUUAAAUUAAUAUCGUAAUAAUAAUUUUGAAGCAAUAAAUUGUAUUUUGACAAUUGG